AUGAUACUUUUCUCAUUGUUUUAUUAUAUUUGUAUACGAAAGCUGGAAGGAGAUCGAUCAGUGUGGGAAUACCCAUUUGCAGUUGCUGGUGUUAACAUCACAUACAUGCUGAUACAAAUGCUUGAUCUUGAAGCAGUGAAGCCACGCAAUCUGGUUGGAGCAACUUUUCUAAAAUUUCUUGCAGAAAAUGAGUCAGCUUUUGAUCUUCUCUAUUGCAUAACUUUCAAGCUAAUGGAUCAUCAAUGGCUUUCCAUGCGUGCCUCAUAUAUGGAUUUUAAUGUACGUAUUCUAUAACCUCAGCUUGCUGUAGAAAUAGAAGUUUAUGGCACAAGCAAAUUUAAGUUAGAAGUUUGAUAAGAAGGAAGGGUUGAAGAGCAAGAAUAGAGAACUAGAAAAACUAAUCGAUCUUUCAAUUAGAUUGAAGAUAUCUCUGAAUUGAGGACUAGUUUGAAAAAAAUUAUGCGAAGAUUUACUCUGCUUGGAGUACUUUAUUGGGUAACUGUCAUGAUCCCUUUUUAACAUAGAAGUUAUAGGGGGAUCUAUCAUUGAUUAAAUUAAGUGUCUUAGAGGGGUACUUCAUGUUUUUCUUAGCAGCUGACAUUUACUUCCUAGCUUUAGAUUGCUAGUUACCAUCUAUUAAUGUAGGUCUAUUUAAAUUUCUUUAGAAACACUAGGGAAAAAAAUAAAAAUAAAAAUCCAAAUAAAC